AGUUCGGGUCGUACUUACGAAAUUCAUUUUCCGACAGUACUUAAUCCUCUCAGUGCUCUCUUUUAAAUUCUCUACAUUAUUUUAAAUACUUCGUUGUACACGUAACAGUUAAUUGUAUACUUACUCGUAAUGUUGCGAAAAGUAUGGAGUCUUUCGGUAAUCCACUCGCGCAAUAUAAUGUCCUCUCACCGGCAUUUGGGUUCGUUGGAGAACGGUAAAAUAGAAUUCCAGCCCUUAACCACCGAGACCUUGCAGGGUGCCCUCGACGUGAUGAGGAAGAAUUUUUUUGUCAAUGAAAGCUCGUGCGUAGGUGUAGAUCUCAUUUCUGAGCCAGGAGCGCCUGAGGAAAUUCUAGACAUUUGCAAAGAAGUUGCUAGGGACGGCCUUAGUAUUGUAGCUAUCGAUAAGAGCAUCGAGAAGGUUAUUGGCGUUUUUUUCUCAAAGAUUCAAGUAAACACUCCUGGGAAGACUUUCUUCGAGCAAUACCGCGAAAAAUGCAAGUAUGAUGCAUCGAGGGCUUUCCUGGACUUCAAUAUAAACGUAGAUGGAAGAAUAAAUCUUUUCAAGUACUUCAAUGUCGAUUGCAUCUUUGAGUUCUUCUGCAUAUCCGUGAUGCCCGAGUAUGGGCACAAGGGUGUAGGUGAAAUGCUGGCUUCAAACGCGUUGCAAAUCAGCAAGGAUUUAAAGAAAGGCAAAGACGUGAGAGUGCCCGUCACAGUGCACGGUAACAACGAGUUGACGAAUGUUAAUGUGGUGCCUUCCAUAUGUUCAACCAUCCUCACAUCCAAAUAUUCCCAACGUCUCGGUGAUAAAUUUGGUUUCCUGGAGCUGCUGAGAAUUUCUUUCGAAGAAUUUGAGUUCAAGGGGAAGAAGUUCCGUGAUCGAAUUACUUCGAAACAUAUAGAUUGCAUUUUGGCGGUCAAGGAAAUUGAAUCGUAAAUAUCGUGUGCAGAAUCGCGGUGAUGGUGCUAUCAAAAAUGAUGAUUCUACAAAAUUAGGAAUUCUUACAUUUGAAGCUUUCCUUUGCGCUUAUGAUCUCGCGAACUUCCGUCCGAGAACUAUUUAUUUAACACAAUGCAUGUAUUAUCGCCAAAAAAUCGUAAUUAAUUAAUAAACGACAAUUGCGCGAGCCAAA